AUGCCCCCCAACCGCCAAGCCCACCCACUCGCCGGGAUCCCCGCCACCAAGGAGCGCACUGGAGGCGGAGGCGUUAGCAGCCACCAGCCCGCUCCCCGCCUCUCAGACAGAGCCUCGGUCAGCAUGGGGGUGACAGGUGCCAACGGAUUUCCCUGCUGUGACAAGGAGUCGGUGGACAUUGUGGAUACACAGGGUGGCAUAAACCAAAACCAGUUCCAGUCAGUACAAGAGGAAGAUGACAUGGAGCUGGAGAAAGAAUUGCUAGAGCUGGAGUCCCUAGACAAAGAGGUCCCGCGCCUAGACCCAGAACUGGAGCCGGAACGGAAGCCCAAGCCUUUCCCGCAGCCAGAGAUGCGCCCGGUUGUCAUGCUCCAGCCCGAGGCCAAGCUGGACACAGAGCCCAAGAUGAAGGUGGUUAACUUGGAACCCUUCAGUGAAGACCCUGAGCCGCAGGGGUAUAAGACAGAGUCACUCCACCCCUACAUGGAGGGGCUAAUGCAGCAGGACAUCAGCCAAUGGAGUAUGAGGUCAAUCUCCAGCUACCCGAGUACCACAGAGGAGGACCCGCUAUCCACCGACCACCGCUCCAUCUGUGUGCAGACCUCCAAACACUUCUUCUGGGCAGACAAGUUCGUCCAGGCCUCAGAACACAGCCUGCAACAGGCGAUCAGCAUGCAGCCCAUCAAGGAGAGCACAAAAGAGACCGCCUGCCACCCAGACCAGCCGUCGGCCCCCAAGGACACUGUGUGCUCCGAGAAGCAGAGCCAGGCCCCCAGUGCCCAGCCAGCUCUUCCAGACGAAGUCUCCCAGCAGCCUCCAAGCCCCCAGCCGUCCGCCUCCACACAAACCAUCGGCCUGGCAGAGCUGAUCGACUUCGCAUCUUCCCUGGCCAUGGCCUCCUCCAGCAGGAUGGACUUGCCCAAUUUGGGGCAUGUGAUCAAAGCCCCACUCCAGAUGGACAUGACGCUUUCCACAGAGCCCACUGUGGAUCACACUGCCCAGCCCACUGUGGACGAGCCAGAGCAGGAAAACCUCCCUCAGGAUGCGCUGGAGAAGCCACCAGAGGAACCACGAGAAACCAGGGAGCCGCACGAUGCUUCGAAGCAGGAAGACAAGCACUUCCCUCACCCUUACCUUGAUUUCAGCAAGCUAGGGUUCAAGAAGGCCACCAUUGAAGGGGAGGUGAAGUUUCUCCAGCCCCCAAACAUGUCCCCUCAGCCGCAAGGAGCCGGGAAAGAUUCGGGAGGGGGUCCAUUAUUGCUGAAAAUCCAUUUUAAGCUGUCGUCCCCCACUUCCCCAGAGAAGACUAGACAAAACCAGUAA